AGUCUGAUUAAAGAAGAAUUUUAAAAUAUAUGGUAUUAAUAAAUGAAUGAGGUUUUAAAUUUUGUGGUUUGACCGUGGGUAAUUCUGGGGACAUAAUGGUUGAUUUAGCAGAAAGUGUGGAUUGUGGAACACGUAAGAGAGUAGAAUGCGGAGGUGAAUGGCAUUGGCACUUCUUAAGUAGAGCUUAACGGACGCCUAUUAUUCCAUAAAUUACCCUUAAUCCUCGACCUCUUUGUAUUUCAAGUAACUAAAUCCAAACCAAAUCAAAUCUCGUUUCCAUUCCAUUCCAAAAUUAAACCAAACAAACAUUCGUUGAGAAAAUGUCGUGGCAAACAUACGUAGAUGAGCAUUUGAUGUGUGACAUCGAAGGCCAGCACCUCACUGCAGCUGCUAUCAUUGGCCUUGACGGUAGUGUCUGGGCUCAGAGCUCUUCCUUUCCUAAGUGCAAGCCUGACGAAAUCACAAAUAUCAACAAAGAUUUCGAGAACCCAGGUCACCUUGCUCCGACUGGGUUAUUUCUAGGGGAGACAAAGUACAUGGUAAUCCAGGGAGAACCCGGAGCUGUCAUUCGUGGAAAGAAGGGAUCUGGAGGAGUCACCAUUAAGAAGACAGGUCAAGCUCUGGUUUUUGGGAUCUAUGAAGAGCCUGUGACCCCGGGGCAGUGCAACAUGAUUGUGGAAAGGUUGGGAGAUUACCUCAUUGAUCAGGGUCUCUAGACAUUGCGCUAUCAGUCAAUUAUUCUAGCAUUUCUUUUCAGAUUACCCUUUUUUUCCUUUCAAAUUUUAUGGACUUUGUGGUUCCAAGUUUGCAUCUUCUCUUUAAAAGCCUAGGUUUGAUGAUGCAGAGAAAAACCAUGUCAGGGCUAAAUGAUUGUUUGGUGUUUGGUUGUCUUGUUUUUGAGUUGAAUUUACCUCUGAUUAUGAAAUAUUUUUUAAAAUA